AUGCCACCCAAAAAGCGCUCUGCUGCACAAUUGCCGGAUGCUGAACCUGCAGAGGCUGGCAUUUCAACUGCCGGGAGCAAGACCAAGAAAGUCAAGACCAAAGCAGCUCCCGCAUCUGUCAGUCGCUCGCGGCCCUUGAUUCAGCAAGAAGAUGCAGAUAUCUCUAAUGAGGACAUCAAUUCCCUUGAGAAGCGCCCAAAGUCAUCUUACCGCAAGAGGGGCUUGGAAGCUGUGGCGCUCGUCAACGAGUUCAUCGAGAAAAACCAGAUUGAUCCAAAUGGCGGGUCAUGGGUCCGAAGACCGUUGCAUCAACAGUUGAAGAAGCUGCUUCAGACGUGUCCGGCCAAUAAAACUUGGAAAAUCCGCAGGAAUCUCAAAUCAUCUGCGUCCAGUGGUGCUGCGGGUGACGUCGCAGUCGUCUACAGGACAGGCGGCUGCUACGGUUUCAUGCUUGCGAAGAAUGAAAGCCGGGCUCAGGCUGGUCCAGAUGUGCGCGGAGUGACAGUGGUUGGGUCAGAGAACUUCGACGCACAGCUCAAGGAGCAAGUCGGCACCGCGUUGGAAAACAUAUUCAACACGGAAGCUGUUGCACUUACUGUUGACAACAAGAGUUUCGUACAACAACUUGGUAUAUUGGUCAAGAGUAUUAUAGUGGACGACGCGUUUGAAGUCAGAGUGCCGAACUGGACGAGAGACGGCUGGGUUCUUAGGAUUCCAUAUCUCAGCGAAGCUUCCGGCACAUUCGAGUACUACCAGAUCGUCCGCGCCACCGUUCCGGAAUUCGACGAAGACUAUCCCGAGCUCCCCGAUCAUAUUACGCUCGUGUCCUCGCCUCCCACAUCUGGUCAGACUGGAUCAUCGCAAAAAUGCGUGCCCAUUCCAAGGGGAGAGUGGCCUGAUGGAAAGUCUAAGACGAAUCUACCUGAACAUCUGGACGUUGGCAAGAGAGUGACAGACACAUUGGACAUGUCUGAUCCUGCAGCUCGUCAAAAGCUCAUGGGCCUUGAGAAGCACUUGGUUUACAUGUCGUACAAACUCACCAACUUGUACGCAACGAAAGAAAAGAUGAGCAGACUAUACAAGAACCUGGAUGCAAGCCUGUCGAGAGGGACAUUUAACACCCAGAGAUUGGUUGUCGUCUUCCCACCCGGAAGCGGCUAUCACGGGCUGAAAACCCAUUUUGUCCCUGGAUCCAGCAUCCGAUUCGAGAUUGUGCCUGGCAAGCAUUUUCACCGGACCGACUUUCGAAAGCUGAUACUCAACGAUCCAAGAGCAAGCCUGGCUAUGGAAUGUGUGGCUCAGGCAGAGUCCGUAUACGCAGAGACCGACGAUGCUCUUCGCGCGUAUUUUGCCCUUGCAGAGGCUAUCGACUCGACGAAUCAGCUCGUCCAUGAUGGAGACUAUGUGGUAGGAUGUAACCAUUCCGAGGACCAGAAGCAAUCGUCUUACCACUACUGCGAUGAUGGCUGUGGAAAAAAGGUUCUCUGUGCCGCCCGUAUCCUUUUUCAUGAUCAGCGAUAUCUUCACCCUGACUGUUACCAGCACAAGAAGGAUGAGGAUCCUGGAUUUAUCCAGAUUGUCAAGACCGCGCUAAGGCGUCGCCACGAGAGCGAGUGCAAGAGGUACGGAGUCAGCUCUACCUCUACAAUAAGCCAGGACGUCCAUGCGGCGGUGCAGGCGGAGAUUGUCGAAUACGUGCAGAAGGUGUGCCCUGCACCCAAGUAUCGUUGUCAGUACACCGGCAACAAGUACAACAUGGUUGGGAACUAUGGACCUUUCUCGCAGAGUGUUGAAGCUGUACAUUAUCCACAUGAGCAUCAAGAUGGGACAGCAUGGGGGCACACGAAGGGAAACACAGCUCUCGUGGCUCUUGUGGUGCAGUAUGCGAAGAAAGACCACUUCCUCAUCAUCCUUCCAGAGAUCCGAAAGUACCGUGCUGCUAUGCGCAUAGCAACGUCGCGAGCAGCGAAGAGAUCGCUCCAGCGCAACCUGCUCAAGUUCUUCGACAGGGUCAAUGCAUUGGAGCGAAAGCGCGAUUUCGAGAUGAAAGGCAAUUGGGGCAAAGUCGUGGAUGCGAAACAAUUCGCAGUUCUGCGGAGCGAAGCUCUGAGCGGCGAAUUUAAUGCAGGAGUUUCAGAGGAAGCAAAAGCAGCAUGGGGCAAGGUCGCCAAUAGACUUGUGCAGAGUCAUUUUGAGAAAGAGUGUGCCUGGCCAGAAGACUUCACCGACGCACUGCUAAGGAUGGUUGAGCAGUGGGAGAACGAGUUCGAGAUGAAGUUCGACCGGUCAGCAGACGACAAAGCGCCUUGGUUCGGCACACCUGGAACCAUGCCCGAUGCCUGGAGCUUCGAUGAACUCUACUCAUUUUGUGUUGCUCGUAUGUGGAGAUUGCAGAACAUAUGCAACAAGCUGUGGGAGACAGUAGACUCUGAUCAAGGACUUGCGUGCGAGAUCUUCUACCAACGUGCGAUUCAAGAGCGUGGAGACGACUGCCGGCCACUAACCGCAGUGGAGAUGAAGUAUGCAGAUGACUUCCUCUCACUACCAUUCUCAGGGGACAUUGGCAAUGUUAGUAUGGUGUCUAUAGGCCAUGCAACUCACGGCCUUCAGAUGAGACUUGGCUGGACGCUAGAGCCGCGAAGCAUGCAAGAUCGAACGGAGUCGCUCAACAAUGUCCUGAUCGAGACUACCUUCAGCAACUCGGCCAAGUUUUCGUGGGAUCCUGCGAUUUAUCCCAUGAUUCUGUCAUACUUUGACAGUGUGGACAUCGACGAGCAAUUCCUCCUUACCCCGAGCGCUCAGCAAGCCUCAUACGAGGCUGUUAAUGUUCCCACUGUCGAGGAGCUCGACAACACGCCGAGGAGUUUCUUGAAGGAGGACAUUCUCGAUCAAGAGCUAGCCGACAAGCUCAGCUCCGAGUAG